UGCUGGAACGUCCAAGGGAGAGGAUCCAGGAUGGUAUUCUUGGUGCUUUUGCUUGUAGCUGCUGUAGUCGGCGCUAACCCGAAUGGAGUUGACGACAAAGGAGAACUGAGGGAGUCGCGCAGAUUGGGAUCCAAGCCUCUUCCUGGACCAGCCAAUGACGGAAUUCCGGGUCUGUUCUACUCUAACAUCGACGUUGUAACCAGCACGACCAGUGACCCAUCGCAGAGCCCCGACACCACGACUACUACCACCACCUCCACUACGACAACCCCCACCACGACCACGACAGAGAGAAGCCUAUACAUAUUCAGUUCAAUCUUCGGCAGUAACGAUGAGGCGCAGCCCUCAGCGAGAGAGACGGGGGUCGAGGCCCCUGCCAGACCAGUGCCUCCACCACACAGUCAUCCAUUCAAGCUUCGUGGUUUCCGAUAAGGGCUUCCGUGACUUUUUUUUCCCUGCGGCAUUUCCCUGCCGCAUGAUCCUGCAGCAUCCACAUGCCGCAUGAUCCUGCAGCAUCCACCUGCAGCAUGAUCUUGCAGCAUCCACCUGCAGCAUGAUCUUGCAGCAUCCACCUGCAGCAUGAUCUUGCAGCAUCCACCUGCAGCAUUCACCUGCAGCAUCCACCUG